GGUGACGUGCCGGGCGCCAUGUUGGAGGGCUGGUGGUAGCGGCUCGGGGAGGUGCUCGCUCUCUCGGUCUCGCUCUCUUGCUCGCUUCCCCCGGCUCCCUUCGGUGCCCCCCCCGGUCGCCUGCGUGCCGGAGUGUGUGCGAGGGAGGGGGAGGGCGUCGGGGGGGUGGGGGGAGGCCUUCCGGUCCCCGGGAGACCCGCGGAAGGAGGCGGAGGCUGCGAGGGACUCCGGGAAGCCAUGGACGUCGAGAGGUUGCAGGAGGCGCUGAAAGAUUUUGAGAAGAGGGGGAAAAAGGAAGUUUGUCCGGUCCUGGAUCAGUUUCUUUGUCAUGUAGCCAAGACUGGAGAAACAAUGAUUCAGUGGUCCCAAUUUAAAGGCUAUUUUAUUUUCAAACUGGAGAAAGUGAUGGAUGAUUUCAGAACUUCAGCUCCUGAACCAAGAGGUCCUCCUAACCCUAAUGUCGAAUAUAUUCCUUUUGAUGAAAUGAAGGAAAGAAUACUGAAAAUUGUCACUGGAUUUAAUGGUAUACCUUUUACUAUUCAGCGACUAUGUGAAUUGCUAACAGAUCCAAGGAGAAACUAUACAGGAACAGACAAAUUUCUCAGAGGAGUAGAAAAGAAUGUGAUGGUUGUUAGCUGUGUUUAUCCUUCUUCAGAGAAGAACAAUUCCAAUAGUUUAAAUCGAAUGAAUGGUGUUAUGUUUCCUGGAAAUUCACCAAGUUACACUGACAGGUCUAAUAUAAAUGGGCCUGGGACACCGAGGCCACUUAAUCGACCAAAGGUUUCUUUGUCAGUCCCCAUGACAACAAAUGGCUUGCCUGAGAGCACAGACAGCAAAGAAUCAAAUUUAAAGCAAAAUGAGGACAAAAAUCACAGUGACUCUUCAACAUCAGAAUCAGAAGGUUCCUCAGUGAGCCCUAUAAAAAAUAAACAUCCAGAUGAAGAUGCUGUGGAAGCUGAAGGGCAUGAGGUAAAAAGACUCAGGUUUGACAAAGAAAGUGAAGUCAGAGAGAUGGCCAGUCAGACAUCCUCCAGUGAAAUUUCUUCAGAUAUGGUAGAAGAAACAGAAGCUCCGUCUUCAUCUCAGAAUAAAGACAAAGAAAGUAGUUGUACCAGGCAGCACUGCACAGAAGAGGAUGAAGAAGAGGAUGAAGAGGAAGAAGAAGAGUCUUUUAUGACAUCAAGAGAAAUGAUCCCAGAAAGAAAAAAUCAAGAAAAAGAAUCUGAUGAUGCCUUAACUGUGAAUGAAGAGACUUCUGAGGAAAAUAAUCAAAUGGAGGAAUCUGAUCUGACUCAAGUUGAGAGAGAUUUACAUUCUGAAGGUAGUGAAAAUACAGGCCCUGUAAGUAGUGGUUCCGAUUGCCAUGAAACAGAAGAAUUAGUAGGAUCCAAUUCCAGUAAAACUGGGGAGAUUCUCUCAGAAUCAACCAUGGAAAAUGACGAAGCCACAGAAGUCACAGAUGAACCAAUGGAGCAAGACUAACUGUUUAGAAACAUUUAGAUGCAGUAUUUUACAUACAGUUCUGGUUUUACACUGUAUAAAACUUUUAUGUAAUAAAGUGGACCUUUAGUUUUACAGGAGAAGCAGGUUGUAAAAUAAAGUACUUUAUGGGAUAAAUCCUGAAAGAGUUGUACAUGUAAGAACUGUGACUAUCAGCUCCUCUGGGUCCUGCUUACCGCUGACUUUUUUGGGGGCGGGGGGGGGUGGGGGGGGGUCUGGUCAAAUCAGUGGUUUGUGUAUAGAUUUUUUUUUAAUUUAGAAUUAAAAUUUUUAAACUGGAAGAUAAUUAUAAUUUUGAAAACUUUUUGGAGAUUAUCACAUUUAGUUUAUACAUCAUACACAAGAAAGCUUUUUGUCUUGUCUUUUUUUCUGACAGCACUAGUAGCAGUUUUCAUAUUUUGGUCAUAGUUUCAGCAUUAUAACAUGUGAAUUAUAGGGUUUCAUGCUGGUUUCCAGAUUUUAUUGUUUGUGUACAAUGGAACUUUAAGUCAUAUAUACACAUACAUAUAUAUAUAUUAUUCUAAGGGGGGGGAAAUGUUAUAUUUUUCUGUUUCUAUAAGAGAUGAAUACAGUGGAUACUUUUUCUAUUGGUAAUGAUUGAGUUCACCUCUUUCAGAAGACAGUUUCUUUCUCUUCUGAGUAAAUUCAAAUAAAAUCUGGCCCUUCUGAAACCCUGGAAAUCUUAAGUCUGUUGAAAUACCAGGUUAAACACAUUCCAAGACAUAUGUUCAAACUAAAAUUCUUUUGUAUACUUCUGAGGUGCCUGAGAAAAAGACUUCAUUAUUUAUGAGAAAAUGUGCUUUAUCUUGGAAAUUGUGUUCACACAUUAGCUUACUAUUUUGUAGAAUGAAUGCUUCUAAAGCUGACAUGAGACCAUCUCAGAAGGACCGGACAGGUUCCUUUACCUUUUGCUUGCUUUUCUGAACAUUGUGAAUAUUACACAUUUCUUUCUAAAUUAUUCUAGAGUAUGCAAAUGUCAGUGAUAUGAUGAAACACCACUGUACUGGAAGAAUUAAUAUAUUACUUUAGUAAUGUACCCGAGCUAAAUGAUGAAGCUUUAGAGGUGCAUAGAAGCCACCAUAAUUUGUAUGACAUUUUGAAGUGAAUUAAAUAUUUUUGAACAUGCUUCUUCGACAGCCAGUGUUAUAUUUUUCAGAUCAACACAAAGCACAAUGAUUACUCUAAACUCAAUAUUUUCAAAUUCACAUUUAAAGUCAUGCAAGCUUCAACUUCCCUGUCUAAAUUACUGGCUGCCAAAUUUAUACCUGUUUCUUCAGCUGUACCUUUUGAUAUUUAGAAUUUUUAAAUUUCUGUAAAGUAGAUUUUGUAGAAUGUAAUGUGUUCACUGCCUUUGUGAAACGGUAUAUAAUUGUAUAAUUUCUGUGUGUAAACUGAAUGCUUGGGCUUUCAAUACAGUAUUCAUAUAAAGCAAUAAAUAUUAAUGUUAUAAAAUAUUCGAGUACAUUUUUAUCAAAAUAUACAAGAAUUCCUUUUUUUAAUUUCAGAUACCUGAAGUACACAGAUGAACUUAUAAAACUGAUGCAAACAUUUUCUGACACUGUAUCGUAUGCUCUGGGGUGAUUUGGGCAGCGACCACAGGUUUUGCAUUUUUGACUACUUCAAUUGCUAUGACUAAAAAUACCAAAAUUAGCUGGCUCCAUUUGUCUGUAGGGUAUUAUACUACUGACUGACUUGACUGUCAGGUUCACAGCAGCUAGAUGAUGUAUUUGUGAAUAUGUCUUAUAGUUGAAAUAAGAACUGGAUAUUGACUUACUGUAUCCAAGAGGGAAGAAUCACAAGUUGUAAAUUUUUUAAAAAUUUUUGCAAAAAUGUUAAAAUGAAGCAAAUUUUAAAUGUGACAUUCAUUUGUAGUGACCUAUUCUUUAUUUUGUUGAGGGAUAUUUUACCAAUGAGAACAGAUUUUAAACAUUUUAAGUUUAGAAAUUUUGAAGUUUUCUUUAGAAUAUUUAUGAAAUUAUUGUCAAUAAACCUAUUCUUUAAGAUCCUGAGACCUUUUGAUAUUUUUAUUUUAAUUGUGCCAUGGACCAUUUGUAAACUGAUUGAUUUACUUUUGUUGGAUAUUAGUUGAAGGUUUAGCAUCAUGACUUUGAGGUCUGUGGUUUUAUUUGUAAACUUGCAAUUACUAUUUUUGCAAGGGCAAAUGUAUUUCUUUAUUAAAUAAAGUACAAUAAUGGUGAAUGUA